CGCGAGACUGGUGAAGGAAAAUAAACAAACGGCGAGGCGGGGAGCUGUCAGUACUAAAGGGGAUCGGGUACUGACAGGGGCUCCUGCGGACCCGCGGGUCUGUUCGUCCCCACAGGAAUGUUUCUUUUGUUUUUUGGUUGAAUCUUUCUAAACAUUUAAACUUAACAAAACAGCUGCGACGUCGGAGGAAGAAGUAAACUGAGAGCAAACGAGAAUGUUUAUAGAUGAAAGCAUUAAAUUAUUCUGUUUAUUUAUUGUUGUACUGUUGCAUUUAAAAUAAUAUAUCAACACCGGUGACGUCAUAGCACCAGGUCUCCGUGUUUGUUUCCGGUCUUUUCAAAUUAAAAGUCAUUAGAACGAGAAUCCGUUUUCCACACCCCCGCGUGCGCCCCGCGGGUCUCACGAUUCUUCCUCUGACACCCCAAACUGUAUCACUUCUUAAAAUUAAAACCAACUCAUAAAUAAAGAGAACAGAGUUUUUAUUUUUCAGAAGGACAUGCAGACCCCUGAAGAGACCUGCUCCUAUCAGCUCAGACGUUCAUGAAGAUGUUCGGGUCACAGAAGUUCCUCUGAAGAUCCAGGUUCCUGCGUGAUGAUCCACCAUGGUUCUGUGGCAGCUCUGCACUCUGGAGCAUCUGAGGACCUCCAGCUUUGGGUGUCCUCCUCCUCGCCACGGCCUCCAGCUGCUGUUUUGGUUCGCCAACGACUGCGUGACCUCCGACCCCCACAUCGCCAUGAAGCUGCAGUCCCACGUUCAGCCAGAGGAGGGCGACUUUGGCUUCCACGUGUUCGGAAACGUGGAGGAGCUUCUCCCGGCGCUGAGCAAGAGCACGAAGCGUAAGAAGCAGCUGGUGUACUUCGUGGUCGGAAACCUGAACGCCGACAGGUACCCGGCGGCCGCCAGCCUUCCGCCGUACGUCAGGGAGAACUACAACAGCUUUGGUAGCUACGACUGCAACAACACGGACCGCAUCAUCAUCAGCUACCAGAGGAGCAGCCGGCAGGUGGAGGCGGUCUACGUCACGGAGCACGAUGACGCCGACCUCGGCAGGUUCAGGCACGAUGGGACCUUCCAGGUCGGUGGCGAGCUGAUCCGAGCUCUGCAGAACCCUCAGCUGGACCUCAGCGCCUUUCUGACCCAGAUGGGUUACUAUGGAGACGUGGAGGUGAUGGCGGGAGCGGCGCAGGUGGAGCCGCUGGUGUUCAGCAUGAUGCAGAACGACCCCACCGGGUUCUUCACGGAGGCCUUCAGCCGCCAGAUGCAGAUCAACGUGGAGCCGUUCGGCUGCAGCCGGCUGUCUGAGUACGCAGGCGACUGCGCAGCCCAAUGCGGCGUGCUGCAGCGGAGAAACAGGAAGCACAAAGCCAGCAGGAAGACCCGGAUCGCCAGGCAAACCCAGGUGAUGUCAAGCUGGGAGCCAGACGGGUGGAGCUACGAGUGGGAGCCUGUCGAGUCCUACUACCCAGGUUGUUACCGUGACGAUAAGAAGAGGCCAGGUGGGCGGGGCUUCAGCCUUAGGAAGAUGCUCCUCGGCGUCUGCGCCGUCUACGUGGCCUACAGAUGUCUGCGCUGGUGGCUGAGGAGCUCCAGCACGGACGACUGGGACAAAACCAUCUUCCGGAUGUUUCCACGGAAACCCCCCACCUAUCCCAGAGCGCACGUGAUGCUGGAUUACGUUUAUUAGAAAUGGUAAAUGGUGUACGCUGGUGUAGCACUUUCUACCUUCCUGAAGGCCCAAAGCGCUUCACAGAAACAGUAGACGUUCACACCGAGGCUCUGAACACGGACGCUAACCUUCCACCAGAGGCAACGUCGGGCUCAGUGUUUUACCCCGGGACACUUCCACACAUGGAGGGGCGAGGCGGGAAUCAAGCCUGCAGUCUUCCCAUCAGGAGUCGGCCGCCGUACCGCUGCACCACAGCCGCCCCAGAAGGUCAAAGUGUCACGGCGAGCCGAGUCUGGACAGAGAAAGGUGAACGUUGUCAGGUCAGGUAACGGAUGGAUCCGCUCCAAAUCCGCUUUAAUUUGAAAAACAUUUAAUGAAUGAAUUUCAUGAAGGUGAGUUCAACAAACAACUUGAACAUUUAAAGUAUACAAUAAAUGUAAACAAAAUGGUAAAAUGAGAUUUUUAAAAACGCUGAAGACAUUUGAAAGAUAGUUUUGAUCUUUUGGUUCUUUUAAAACUCCAAACGAUUUGGAGACAAAUGUAAACUUUUUAACGUUUGAACCGUGUUGUCAGAUCGAAUGUUUAGAUUCUGACUUCAAACGUUGCUUUGGUUGAUGGACAUAAAUUGUUUUUUUAUUUCCUCAUUAAAUAUGUUUUAACCAGGAACAGGUGGACAGGUGAGGCAGGUGAAGCACGGCCUCACCUGUCGUCAUGAGAUGGAUUCUAAUAAUAGAAUAAAUAUGUCCACUAAUCUUUAAUUUAUAUGUAAGAUUCUAAUCAUUUUUAUCCUCCAAAUCGUAUUUUGUGUUUCCUGAUCCAUUUCAGUGCCGACUGUGAGCAGAUCUCGUAAUCCAAUCUGGGUUGAUUGUGUUUUUAUCUAACUCACAGUAAUAAAGUUAUACUUUAUUAGAAUGAUUGUAUACGUUAAAGACAUUUUUAUUUCAUGUCUGUCGUGUUUGAAUCUGACGUAAAGCUGAGUUAUUGAUUGUAUUGGAAACAUGUUUGCCUUUUUACCGUAAAUGUAAUUUAAAUGAUUGAAAACAAUGUAUGAUUAUGAUCAAAGCAUCUUCAGUCCAUCAGUAAUAAUGUUCCUUCUCUGAUAGUUUAUCGUCUGUUAGUAAUCCACAUUUAUCCAGCUGUUUUAUACAGUCGUUGUUUGUUUGUUUGUUUGUUUGUCCCCGACUUCCUCCAGAAAUAUUGCACUGAUACCAAAUUACACCAAAGAAAAAGUUUGAGAGUUAAAAUCUAAAUUUGUGGAAUUCAUUUCAGAACGAUGAAUGUUGUUUACUCAUGAAUCAGCUGUUUGUUUGUUUACAUUCUCAGGACAACAACUGCACUUUCUGUGAUUUAAUAAAGAAACAACAGAUUAUUUGUUUGUUUUUUAAGGAUUUUUUUCUGCACAAAAUUCCUGUUUAUCCACAAACAGGAAAAACAUUAAAUCUCAGGUUCUGCUGUUAGUUUGUUAAUACUUGGUAAAUGUUGAUGAGAACAUUUUUAAAUAUCAAUCCACGUUUUAGCGCGUUCUAUGAGGACAUUUACUGAUUCAGAAGAUGUAUUUUGUUCUCUCUGCUGCUUUUUUAUUUUUAAUGUUUGUGAAUAAACGGGAUGGAAGCGUGAA